AUGGAGCACGCGGAUCGCAAUGAAAUGGCGCUGCAAGAGAUGCUCGACGACGUCUGCGGCUACCUCGAGUGGCGUGGCGCGUCCAUCGAGCUCCAAGACCGAGCGCUCGUGGCGGCCAAAGCGGCGUUCGUGCCCGAGCUCAACGCGACGGGCGCCGAGCUCGAGACGACGCUGCCGUACGCGUUGCGGUCGCGGCUCCAGAUCGAGCGCGAAGAGGCCAUUCUGCACGGCGUUCCGCGAUUCCAGCACUUGAGCAAAAGCUUGCGCCAAGCCAUCUCGGAGCAGGUGGUUUACGUCAACAAAGCGCCCGGCGACAUUGUCUUGUCGGCCAACAGGCCGCUCGACGGUCUCUACUUCUUGCGCGUCGGCGCCGCCGAGUUUCGAUCCGCCGAGAACGCGGUCUUGCGCACGCUGCGCGUCGGUGAAUUCUUUGGCGACCAGUCGCUCUUCCAGAAAUACGAGCGCGUUCCCUUCACUGUUGUCUGCACGGCGGCAAGCGAGUUUGUCUUCUUGUCGGCGCAGAAAUUCCGCGAAGUCGUGGCCACCGAGCACGCGGUCCAAGGCCUCGAUGACGACGACGACGACGUGUGGACCAAGGAAGACGGCGACUACGGCUUUGCUCGCGUCCUCAUGCAGCACGAGAGCAGCAGCUCGAGCACCCGGGCCGGUCGUCGUCGCCGGUGCCGCCUCAACGCGUCCGACUACUUGCCCAACUCGAUGUUUCGGCGUGUGUGGACACUAGUGUCGCUCACCGGGCUACUCUACAAUGUGUACGCGGUGCCACGCGACUGUGCGUUCUUCCAGUCGCACAACCGGUUCGAGAACCUCGACCCCGAAGCCAUGGCCAACCUCCUCAUCUUUUGGUGCUUCGACGUCUUUUUCGCAAUGGAUUUUUACUUGCACUGCACGCGCUUUGCCGUCGAGCACGACGGGACUAUCGUCACGGAGCGGCGCAAGGUCCGCAACCUCUUCUUGCGCUCCGGCUGGUUCUGGAUCGACGUUGUGUCGAUUCUGCCGCUCGACGCGCUCGGGCUCGUGAGCGGCAUGCGCGACCUCCCCUUCUACCGCCUCAACAAGAUUUUGCGUUUUCUGCACUUGAUCGAGUACUUCCAGGUCGCCGAGGCCAUGCUGCUCUCGCGCUUCCACAUUCACGUGUUUGCGCGCCGCAUUCUUCGCAUUCUCUCGAUCCUCGUGCUCUCGGGGUACAUUGUCGGGUGCUUUUGGUACUACAUUGCCCAGGUCACGAGCGAGGCGUACGACGGCGCAACGUGGGUCGCGAUGGACCAAGGCAACGACGAUUACUACUUCCAAUCGUACGUGCACAACCGGCUGUACAUCAUCCGGUCCAUGUACUUUGGCUACAUUGGCGGCUCCACGUUGGGGUUUGGCGACAUCGUGCCUGUGAACCCGUACGAAACGCUGGUGGCGACCAUCAUGCUGCUCUACGGCGCGAUCAUCAAGCCUGCGCUUGUUGGGUCAGUUGCGUCGCUGCUCUUGACGCGCAACAAGGUCAAGCUUUCGCAGCAAAAGACACUGAUUGGGUUCAAGUGGCUCGUCACCGCGCACAAGCUCCCGAAAGUGCUCAAAGAACGCAUCCUCAUGUACUUUGAGUUUAUGUGGGACCACGAGUACUACGAGAAAGAGAGUGCGAUCUUGGGCGUCCUCGCGCCGCUGCGCUGGGAGAUCAUGCGCAGCAUGUGCCGCAACGCGCACCCGAAAGCGUGGUUCUUUGGCCACAUCAACGACGACUGCAUGCGUCAGAUCUACGCCCUCUUGGAGCCGCAGCUGUACAUGCCCCAUGCCACCGUGAGCUUGCCGCAAGGGACGCUUGGUAUUCUCAACACGGGCACACUCUUCCGCGCGUCGUCGACCGAGCGCCACGAGAUCUUUGAAGAGGGCUCGCUGCGCCUCCGCACCUUUGGCAUCGAGUGUUUUGUCCAAUAUGGCAUGCCGGACGCGUCACUCGAGCAGACACACGCGUUCACGUACGAGACGGACGACCUCUUCUGCGAAGUCCUCCUUCUGCAUGCGCCGGCCGUCGAGGCCAUUCUCGCCCCCGCUGGUCAAUGGGCACCGCUGCUGCACGACAUGCUGCUGCACUUGCAAGGGGACGACGCCGAGGCAAUCGCACUGAGUAUCCAGACAGCAGCACCGACCGAGGAAGACAGUACGAACGAAGACGACGAGGUCGAUCCGGCGCCGGCCACGUACUACAAGCCAUCCCAUGUUGUGCCACGUGGGAGUCCGAAGCGCAACUCGCCAACGCGCCGGAAGCGCGCUGCGCUCAAGCUCAUGAUCAAGUCGUCGGCGGCGAAGGAAAAAGAUCUGCUUCGGUCGAGUCGGUUCCACCCGAAAUCGCGCGUCCGUAAAGUGCUCUCGGUGCUCGUCGUGCUCGCUCUCCUCUACAAUGCGUUCCUUGUGCCGUUCCGGCUCGCGUUCUUCUCGUCUCUGCAGCCGCCAUCGUAUCUCUACGGCUUCAUCAUCGACUACGUCCUCGACGUGCUCUUUGUUGCCGAUGUCAUCGCCAAGUACAACUUCAAGCUCAUGAGUCUCCGCCUCGAAGGAUCGACGCGCCGACUGCACCUGACCGUGUUUGCGGCGCUGAAAUGGGACAUUCUGUGUGCGCUGCCCAUGGAGCUUUGCUUUCUCGGGCUCCUCGUCAGCCGCCCGGACCUCGUCGUCGCGAUCCUCACCAUCUGUCGGCUCCCAAAGGUGUUUCGGCUGCGGUACUUUGUCGUGCGCAUCCGAGAGCUUGCCAACACGGCGGUCCGCGCGCGGCCGCAGCUCAACGACCUCGUGGUGGCGUGCCGGUACUUUCUCUUCAUUCUCUUCUUCUCGCACUUGCUCGCGUGCGCGUGGCACUACCUCGCGUUUGCGGACAAGGGCAUUCUUCCGUGGUCCGAAGACUGCAACCACCUCGACAACACGCACGUGAACGACGACGUCAACCCUGGCAACGUCACGCUGCGUGCUCGCUGCCUCUUUGACGGCACGUGGAUCGAGUUUCAAAUGAAAGGCGGGUACCUCCCGCCGGACGGCGGCACGAUCUGGGAACGCUACUCGCGCUGCUUCAACUUUGGCAUUCAGAUGCUCCUCGUCGUCUCGAGCGGCAUCAUCGUGCCCGUCAAUAUGGUCGAAACCUUCUCGUGCAUCAUUGCGAUCUUCGCCGGCAUCUUCUUUAGCGCCGGCAAGAUUGGCGUCAUUGGCGAGAUCGCGCUCAAGGUCGACUCGCUCUCGGCGUCGAUCCGCCAGAGCACCGACGCGCUGAGCAAGUACAUGGAGUUCCAUCAGACACCGCGCGAGAUCAAGGACCGUGCGCUCGGCUUCAUGGAGUACCUCUACCGGAAGCGCAACAAGAUCCUCUUCCAAGAAGAAGAGAUUGUGACCAUGUUGCCGCAGCAGCUGCAAGACGACAUCCUCGCCCACUGCAAGCGCGACCGGCUCUCGCAAUCGCCACUCUUUGCAUCCGUGCCGGACGAUGCGCGCACCGCGGUCGCCGCCGCCAUGCGCCACAAGUACUAUGCGCCCAGCGACGUCUUGGUGACCGCCGGCAAGCACACGGCCGCCAUGUUUUUCGUCAAGCCUGGCAGCUGCCAGUACCUCGACCCGGCGAUCUCGUCGCGCGAGAGCAAGCGGCUCGGCGCGUUUGGCGCGCGGAGCCUCCUCUUUGAUGAGCCGCAAGAGCACUCGAUCUGUGCGUGCACGUUCACCGAAGUCUACGUGCUCCGGCAAGCGGGCCUCGAGACGCUCACGGCGUCGUUUCCAUACUUGCGCGGGCUCUUGGAGCGUGCGAUCGAGAACGAGGUCGAGGUGAACGCCGCUGAUGCGACCGACGCACUCUCGAUGCACGUCCCGGACGACGACCCGGACGAGCCGACGCUGCCGACGGCGCCUCGGAGUUGGCGCGUGCCCGACUCGCAUUUUCGUCGGUUCUGGGACGCGCUUCUGUUCUGGACCACGCUGUAUGUGCUCGUGAUGCUACCACUGCGCGCGAGCUACCUCGUCGAGACGCGCUUCACGGGCUUGUAUGAGCUCACGGCAUGGUACCUCGGCGAUGUCCUCGCCAUCGUGCUCUACGCGCUCGACACGUACUUGAGUUUCGACCAGUUUGUCUACAUGGACCACUCCAAGAUGAUCUUCAACCGCGCGCGGAUCCGCGAGAAUUACCGUCCGUACCUGGCGCUGGAUUUUGUCACGCUCGGCCCGUACUACCUCCUGGCGCUGGUGCUUGGUGUGCCGAGCCUCAAGUUUCUCAUGAUGCCGCUCUUGCUGCGGGCGAAGCGGUUUCCGCGCUACCUGCGACGGUUCUCGCGCAACUUCCAGUACUACUUUUGUCGGCUCAGCGGCAGCGUGAUCCAUAUUCUGCACUGCAUUCUGUACUACGUCGUCAUGGUGCACUGGUGGGCGUGCAUCUGGAUGUUCCUCCACCGGUACGUCGAGGUCCACUCGCCGCUCACGUGGGCGGUCCGGGACCCGUACAUGGGCGGCGGCGCGCUCUCGAAAUGGAAUGCCACGUCCCAGACACACGACAUUUGCCGGAGCAUGGUCGCGUGCUAUGCGCGGGCCUACUACUUUGUGAUCUCGUUUGUCGGGACGAUUGGGCUCGGCGACGUGUUCACGGGCGGCCACCUCGAGUACUUCUUCGAAGACAUUGAAGCGCUCUUUGGCUCGUUCUUCUUUGCCGCGCUCACGUCGUGCUUUGCCACGUACUUUCAAUUCGCCGACACGUACGGAAAGGGCGCGACGCAGGCCAAGCUCAGCGGCCUCAGCAGCUACUUCCGGGCGGCCCACACGACCAAGCCGACCGCGCGCGCGAUCGUCGCCAACACCAAGCUCUGGUGCGCGCGCAGCGGCAGCCUCGUCGAGCGGUCGGUCGCCACCUUUCUGCCCAUCCCGCUGCGGAUCGAGCUCGCGACGCACGUCCAGCGCGCACUCCUCGAGACGUCACCGUUCCUCAAGGCGUCCGACGUCUACGUGCGCCAGAAGCUCGUACUGGCGCUGCACUUCCAAGUCGUGUGCGCCGGCAACACGCUCUACGCGGUCGGCGACCCGAUCGAUGAGGUUGCGUUCGUGCACAGCGGCGAGCUCACGCUCGUGGAGCCCGUCGUCCGUGGCACUGUGGGCUGCCACGUCGGCGUCGGUGUCCCUGGCGCCUGCCUCCACACGGUCGUCGCGGUCUCGCACCUCGAGCUCUAUGUGCUGGACGCCCACGGGAAAGCCGACGUCUUGGAGGCGAUAGCGUCCACGCACCGAGAGAGCUUUCUCCAGUCGCUCGACGCCGCGUCGUUGCACCAAACGCUCGCGCAUGCGCCGCCCCACGGCCUCUCGCGCCAGCAUGCGCUCAACGACGACGGCUUCGACGACGACGAUGACGACGACGACGAUGCGACUGCCGCAGAGAACGCGGACGAGCCGCCCGCGUGGCUCGCCCUGCCGCAAUCGUUCUUCAAGUGA